AUGAAAUCUUGUAAUAUUAAUUCACAUAUAAAGAGUAGUAUUAAUUCACAUUGUCAUAAAAAUCAAAAUCGAUAUUACCACCACCAUCAAUUGGAUAAUUUUGUACCAACACAACAAGAACAAACUCAACAAGAGCAGCAGCAUCAUCAUCAUCAUUAUUAUCAUCACCAUAGUUUACAACAGCCUGAUUCACAAGGCAUAGAAACGUUAAAAAUACCUUUACAUUAUCAACAAGAAUUAAUUAAUGAAAAUAAUAAUUCUAAGAGUUUUGCCAAUAAUAAUUUCAGUGAUAAUCAUGAUACUAAUUAUCGGCAACAAAUACAGCAAUUAAAAUACGAAAAGCAGAAUAUAUCGACGACCACAAACAUAUCACCAACAACAAUAUUACACACGUAUCAUCAAUUCACUAAUAACAAUCAUUUAAUAAGUUCUAAAAAUUUUCAAAAUCAACACAAUUCGAUUGGUUUGUUAUCUACGGAACUUAUAGAAUUUUCAUCAUCCUCACCAUCAUCGCCAACAUCGACAUCUUUACAUAAUGUUAACAAUAACAAAACAAAUUCAACGAUGGUGCUGCAAACAUUCGAUAAUUUUGGCUAUAAUCCAUUAAAUAGCGGUAGUACUGGUGGUGGUGGUGGUACGCUUAGUAUAGGAGGUGGAGUUGGAAGUGGUGGUGGAGGUGGUGGUAAUGGACUUGGCGUCAGCGGUAGUGGAAUUAGUAGCGGUAUUGGAAAUAUUAAUAGUUUAAGCAAUUUAGGAUUAGGAAGUGGUUUAGGUUCUGUUAGUAGUUUAUUAGGUGGAAAUCAUAGUUUAAGUAUACAUUUAAAUGGUGAUAUUAUUCCUCCAUAUGCUGGUGAUUAUGCUCCAAAUCCUGCCAAUCAUUCAUAUUAUACUGAUAUAGACGCUAAUUUUUAUAGUCAAGGGUACAAUACUUCACAUGACAGAAAUGAUAAUAGUCCGCCAUCACCCCAUUCAACAAAUACUUCAGUAUCAAUGUUACCUCCAACGACGAAUCUACCUCAACAACAGCAAACAUCAAUAGGAAAUUCUAGUAAUACUGCAAAUGAUGGUGGGGGUGGUAGUGCUAGUAGUAACAAUGGUGGUAAUAACAGUGGUAAUGGUAAUAGCGGAAGUAGUACAAAUAGUAAUAAUAAUACAAAUUCAAAUUUAACGACAAGUGGAUCACCAACAUCUUCUGUUAAUUUAGGGCAAAAUAAUAACAGUGCCAAUAUUAAUUAUAUGCAAAUGGCAGUUCGCAAUUCAACAAUGUAUCAUCAUCAAUUAAAAGAAGAACCAUCAACGGGGAAUAAUUCUUAUCCUGGAAUUGGUAAUGGUCAACAUGAUGAUAUGCCGUUCGUUAAUUUAUCACACCUUGCCCAAUAUGAUGAUCAUGAUCAAUAUCAUUCAUUAUCGGGUGAUCAUCAAGGGCAAAAUGCAUAUUUAGAUAGUAGUCCAGAUUUUUAUGGUCAUGGUGGUGGAGGAGGUUAUGGUAGAACAAGAUUUCAUGAUCCAUAUUCAGAUUUUGCAGCGGCAUAUGAUUCAUCACCAUUUCAAACAGUGCCAGGUAGUACGCCAACAGGUGCCGAUCAAUGGGGUGCACAUCAUACAAGUCCACAUCAUCAUCCAGCUGCAGCAUACAUGACAACAAUGGGUUUAGGUAGCUAUCCAACACAGGGAGGCGUACCAUGUUUUACUGGUUCAGGUCCAAUACAAUUAUGGCAAUUUCUAUUGGAACUUUUAAUGGAUAAAACAUGUCAAGGUUUUAUUUCAUGGACUGGUGAUGGAUGGGAAUUUAAAUUAACUGAUCCAGAUGAGGUUGCAAGGAGGUGGGGUAUUAGAAAAAAUAAACCAAAAAUGAAUUAUGAAAAAUUAAGCCGUGGACUGCGAUAUUAUUAUGAUAAAAAUAUUAUACACAAAACAGCUGGUAAACGAUAUGUUUAUCGUUUUGUAUGUGAUUUACAAAAUUUAAUAGGAUAUUCACCAGAAGAAUUAUGCGCAAAAUAUGAUCUUAAAACUGAGAAAAAGGACGACGAAUAAUGGAUCUCUUAUUAUAACAAACAGAAAUAUUUAAAAGAUAUUAAUUUAAUUAAAAAAGUUCAUUAUUGAAUUAGGUUUUUUUCUAAAAAGCAAAAAGAAAAAUGUGUAAAAUUUUGUGCGAAUGAACUCUUAACACAAAAAGGAAGUCUUAAAAAAAUUCAAUAAUUAUUAAUUAAUUAUAAUUUUUGAAUUCAUUUAGUUUGAAUAAUGAUUCUU